GAAGCAGGCAAGCUACGAAACAAGCAGAUGAGAUCAGGGAAUAUUUUGUGUCAGUCACCCCAAUAUCAUCCAUCGAAUCAGGUGUUCCACUCUCCUGCAGGCCACAUGCUCCGCCAGACAUGGCAGACAGGCAAGACAACGAGGUGGAGGAGGCUGACCAAAUCUACCUGCUGAUGAAAGAGGAGUAUAGAAUCUCCAGGAAUGUGCGCCUUGCAUGGUUUCUUGGGAAACUAAACCAGGUCAUUUGGCCAGCUUCAAAACCAGAACUGCUCAACUCUGAGAAUGAAUUGGAUCUCCUUAGCAUCUUGCCUAAGGGAUGGCGGCCAGAAUUCUCCCCGAACACGUACCCAUAUAUGUUGGUGCCGUCCACGCGAGCCACCUUCCUGGCUCGUAGAUACCGCUUCAUCAUUGAGCUGGACCUCAGCCCCUCCACUGGGAUUGUGGAUGACUGCACGGGAGAGAUGAUCUUUGAUGAGGUCUUUCAUGCCCUGUCCCGCUGUCUCCUUGGUCUGGCUCAACCUUUCAUUGUCCCCGGAACUGAUCAACUGUUCAAACCAAAAAUCUUCGUCACCAUUUUGGUGUACUCGUCAAUCAUUGGUCUCAGCUUUCAUCAGGUGCUGGUGCAAGGAUGCCAGCUGAAUAGAACAAACCUAGAUGCAUUUUUGCUGCACAUCUAUCAGCAGCUCAGAGCUGUGGAGAGCAACAUUGCAGAGGUUCUCUAUCAGCAGCAUGAACAGUCAGCGAAUCCACUCCAGAGCUCCAAUUGUAGUAACAUCCAAGCAGAUGGUCAGCCCCAACGAAAACAGGGGGUGUCCAUGGUGUCUGCAGACAUGGGACUCGUCAGUAUGGUGCGGCAGGGAAUCUUGGCGCUCCAGCUGUUGCCUCCAAACUCCAGUGCAGGGAUCAUCAUCAUCACAGAUGGAGUGACCAGUGUUCCAGAUGUAGCCGUGUGUGAAACUCUUCUGAACCAACUAAGAAGUGGCACCAUCACAUGCUCCUUUGUGCAGGUGGGCGGCGCCUACUCCUACGACUGUAGCUUUGGUUACAUACCCAAUGUGGAGCUGAUGAAGUUCAUCUCACUGGCCACAUUUGGGUCCUACCUACCGUCCUGCCCGGAACCUGAUCUGAACAGCCAGGAGAUGAAUGCCUACCACAAAGCCUUCCUCACUUACUCCUUCCUCAAGACACCUGAAUCUAUGAACUCGGAAUACUUCUGCGUUUCUCAGCACAAGCUGUUCAAUGAGCACCUGGUGUCUGCCAGUGGAAACCCAGCGCUGGUCAUGAGGCGAAAAAAGCACACAGAGAAGGACGUGCACGCUCAUCUGGUCAGCGUGGUGUCCGUACGCCUGAGAGAAGGCUACACCAUCAGGGAGAUCAGCCUGACCAAAGGCGGGACUCAACUGGAGGUGAAACUUGUGUUGCUGUGGAAGCACAAUAUGCACAUUGAGUAUGUGGCGGCAGCUAGCUGGCCACUGGACCCUUCCAAUCGCACGACCAAGGUGGAGGUGACGAUGGAGGGAAGCUACGACAUAUUGCAUGACAUCAGUUGCACACAAAGGAAACCCAUUACCAGCCCGUACCGCACAUCUGUCAUCCGUCGCUUCUGGAACACUCUCCAGAGUAUCAAUCAGACUGACCAGAUGUUGGUACACCUCCAGUCUUUUAAUUCAGUCCCUGAGAACUACACCAUCCCCGAGAGCACAAAAAAUGGGGUUCCACUUUUCUACAUCCCUCCUGGAUCUACUACUCCUGUUCUGUCCCUGCAGCACAGUGGCUCAAAAGACUUCUCUCAGUCCCAGUUUGCAUCCUACUGGAAGCCCAUUCUCUCCAUGGACGCCAACUUCUGGCAGAGAUGGUUGCACAUGCAUCGUAUUGCCAUCAUUCUUGAACAUGACAUGCCAGUGCCUAAGUAUCUGCACACAGCUGGAAACAACGGACGCUACAGCACUAUCCAGUGUCGAAUCUCUCACUCAGCUCUCACUUCUCUGCUGAGGGACUGGAGUAGCUUUGUCUUGGUGGAGGGCUACUCUUAUGUGAAACUUAUAUACAGCUUGCCUGACCAACCUCCCACCUCCUUCUACCUGGUGCGACUAAUUUCCAAGACACCCUGCAUCGUCCUGCGUUUAGGCUUUCCCAUUGGAACACAAGCACAUGUGAGGAACAAGAUUGUGGAUGAGCUGCGGGAUCAAAUCCUCAAACUUCGAUUCCCACAUCGCGUUCAAAACAAAGAGGCCACCCCCAAGGCCAAGAGAAAGGUGGUUGGACAUCCAUCCCCGUCCAAGUCACCCUCCAUCCCCAUAGGAAAACCCGCUCUGUCAGAUAGACCUUGUGUGGUGGUGUUAAACAAACCCCUGGAGAAGCUUCUCAUCAGGUAUGAUAAGCUGCCUUUGGACUUCAGGACUCCAUUCAUCUUCAACAUGGAGAACUUUCCGCAGCCAUCAAACAGUGCUGUGCCAUUAAGCAUGGCAGCCAACCGCACCGCAUCAUCAACACUGGCGUCACUGUCCCGCUACUUUCUGCACCGACGCUGGGUGUGGGCCGUGCAGAGCAGCCAAGGCCCAGCUAUAGCCAUGCAGGCUGUUGCCCACAUCCUAUCUAUGCUGUCAGAAAUCCGCAUUUCUGAAGGUUUUCAUUUUGCUGCGAGUGGAGAAGGAAUUGUCAACAUGGUGAUAGAGCUGCCAAUGAAGGGCAUGUCAAGUGACACUGACUCAGAGAGUCACUCUUGUAUUGUUCAGUACAUUCUCUUCCCGCCUCACUGCACCUCCACCAAAGACAGCUUCUCCACGGAUGAUGACAACGACACUGAGGUAGAGCCUGUGGACCAGGACACAGAAUUGAACCUGGUUACAGAGUGCUGGGUGGAACCUCAGUCAGGCACAGUCACAAACUGCACAUGGCAACAUCGCCACCUGGAGGGGCUGACGUAUCAACAGAUUCCUCAAGCAGUCUUUCCCCGUGAUUUUGCCUGCAUGUCCACCAUGAUGACGUUUGAGUAUCUCAGCCAACUUUGUCAGAAUAAGGACCAGUCGUUCUCACUGCCUGUUGGAGUUAAUGAUGGCAAAGGUGAUGUCUCACCUCCCGAGGACAGUAUUCACAUGGUUCCUUUUCACUUUGACCUCAUUCAACUGCUGCCUAAGUGCCAACAAGUGGAGCUCUUCUUCUUGACGUUCUGCAAAGAUGCAUCGAAUGAGGAUCAGCUCCACGCUGGUCCCUGCUUGCCCAAUGAGCUCCUGCUCAGUCUCUUUCACAGCAGCUUGGAGCAGGAUCUGAGUGACAGGGAGAUCCCGUUGGUCAACAAUGAUCACAUCAACUUCAUGCAGCACAUUUUGGAACGAGAGAGGGAAGGUCAUGUGGCACCCUUCUCCUUGCCUUUAAUUAAAGAGGAGUUUGUGAAACCUCCAGAAAGACAAGACACAGUUACGUCAUUCCACGCCACAGCUAGCAGUAAAGAAGUAAUGGGAUCCUCCAGCACAUUACAGAGUUUUAGUAAUGCUGACCUGGUCGAUGAGGAGCCCUUGCUUGGUGAAAGAAGCUGCUCGGUUCCACAGUGGAGAUGCUAUGCCAAGCACAUUGGUUCUCAGCAAAUCAUCCUCACCUUCCUCCCUGCAACCUUCCAAGAUGUGUUGAUGUUGAUGACCUCAGGUCUGGACCCAGUGGCCCAGAGUCACCUGAACUCACAGGAUGAUGAUACUCUGACUCCUAGCAACAAGUCACAGGCUGACUCUUUGUCCGGCUCCACUAGUGGACUGGACAGGUCUGAGUCCAGCAUCAGCUUUGCUGACAAGAUGCGAAGGAGCUCAAGCAGCGGCCAAUUCACCACCUGGUCACCCAUGCUCUCGCCACAGCCCGAAGGCCAGAUUCUAACUGUCGAUUACCUCUCUGUGGAUCCUGAUGGCUGGGAUCCUGCUCCUGAUAGCUUGGGUCUUGGGGACAAAGAGGGAGUUCAGUUCUCUGAACCCCAAAAAGAAGAUUUCCAUAUCACUUUUAGUCGGCAGGUUUCCCAGGAGAACAGCAACCAGUGCAAGUGUCCAGUCUAUGUCUACAACUGUUCAUUGGAACAGCUGAGGGAGCAGUUGGUGCACCCCAACCCUAGCCGUCAGCCUCGAGACAUCUUUUUCAGACCUCGAGAUGCUGGGUCCUGGGAGAUGUAUCAGCAGAUGAAAUUCAGGUCUCUGUCUCAGGACCGUAGCAGCCCGUCUCCCUGGUCCGACCUUCUCUCACAACCUCACAAAAACAAGGAGCUGGCUAACUACUGCAGUCUUCUCCAGGAGCAUUACCACCACAGCUUCGUCAAAGGUGUGUACAGGAGCCUGCAGCAGUCUUACAGCAUCAACUCCCAGGAUGUGUUGUUGGCCAUGGACUACUGUGAGGAAUCCCUGCAGGAGAUCGACAUCACUUCCUUCCUGCAGACCCUUUGUGGACACAUCAGGCUUUUUAAUGAGAGUGGAGCAUCUUCGACAUGGAACAUGACACCUCAACCCUCACGCGGUCCUCCCACCUUUACCAUUGGAGACGUUGAGCUGGCACGACCGGAUGUGAAAUCUGUCCUCGCCUCCUCAUCCAGUAUGGAAAUGGAUGAUGCCAGUGAGACUGAAUCCAGGGAGGAGAAGUCUUCUCCUGCGACCUGUCCAUUGGACCUGGAUAAUACUACCAUGUCCAAGAUACCAGCAUUCCCUCUGACUCUGCUCCAUAAUCAGCCCAAUUGUGAAGUGUGUCCAGAUCUGCACAAGAUCAUACAGGACAAGUUCAUGGCGACUGUGUCUCAAUACUUUAAGACUGUUCCCUCCAAUCCACAUUACUUCUUUUACUGCCCUGUAUCCAAGAAAGAGCAGGAUGAGUCUGAGGACAGCGAGGACAUUGAGAGGAAACCCAGCGUGGAGCUAGUAUCAGAUGCAGAGCCAGCAACUGAGGAUGAUAACAUGCUGGGCUGCUGCAUCAUGACAGAGAGUGACACUGACUUGGUUGUGGAGUAUGAGGAUCAGCCUGCUGUUGGAUCCCUGGCUGGGGAAAACCGGUCUUUGUCUGAUUCCAACACACUCAACCAAGACCAGGACUCAUUCAGUAUCCUAGAUGGAGACUCUCUGCUGGAGGUGGACAUCACACAACUAGACAUGCCGCCACUGUUUGUUCAUGUCACCUGCUCUGUCAGCAUGAAAAGCUGCCACGGAUCCAUGCCCAUUCAAACACUUCCCACGUGUCUUGGUGAAGUCAUUUCCUGCCUGGAAAAUUACAAAGAGCUUCAGUCUCUUGACUUAAAUGAACUCUCUGUGACACUGGACCUGUUUGUUCUGACGCUACCACUGGAGAUUGAAGUGAUCAAUGACUUCCAUCAUAACAGAUACACUUCAGAAAGUAGCGUGUCUCUGAACCGCUCUCCAGGCCAGCCGUCUUCCUACAGGUCUGAUGAGGAGUUGAUGACAGUCCUAGAUGGUCUGAGGGGAGCCGAGCUUGAUGGGGUUUCAGGUGAAGCUUUAUCCAAACUCCCAGAACCUCAUAAGUUGGCAAUCUUGGCUACUAUGGAUGAGAUACGCUGGUUGUUGGAGGACGAAAUUGUCUCUGCGCUGCGUCACUCCAGAGUCAUCGGAUCCAACAUACUUCACAAAGUCGCUGACCAUGUGAUACGGUCCAGUGGUCGACUGCACUGUCACUGUGAAGAUGUGGCACUACAAUUUGUCUUCAGGCCAGAGCAGUCCCUUGAAAAAUUUAAAGAGGAGUUUCGCCGAACAUCAUUCCCAGGUUAUUUACUAAACGGAGAACAGGAUGGCUUCUAUUAUAUCUCUCUGAGCCGGCUUCACCCACGGAGGUUGCACAUCACAAAGAGAAUGUCAGAGGAAACCCCUGAGACCAGACCAGGCAGCAGCAGGCCCUGCACUUCAGCGGUAGAAACAGAACAGCUGGAUGAAGUGUUGCAGCCCAGUGAAGAGGCCCAGACGGAGGCGGACAGACAGAUGGAGGAGCAGACAACUUUGUGUAUUUCAGCUGACCUGUCAAAUGAUUCGACUGCUGACAUCAAUAAUAAAGACAUGGAGUCAAAACUUAACACAGAGUGCAGUGCAUCACAAAUCUCUGCAUCUAUAGUGGUGGACAAACCAGAGUCCAGUACUCUGCAGGGUGACCCCAUGUGUCCACCAAAGACGCCAUCCAGUGUUAGCCUGGCUGAGUCCACGCUGUCAGCCUCAACCAGUUUUGGUAAGCUCAGGCCAAGUCGUGUCCAGAGUGUCAUUUCCAGUCAGGGCAGUUUGGAUUCUGACAUGCAGGGGUAUGAUGGGGGCAGCAGCGACUCUGAGUGUGAGAGUCCCACCUUGGAUGAAAGGGAGUGUCGCUCACCUAUGAUGCCAGACUUCUGGUUGAUCGUGGAGAUUCACCAAGACAGAGUCAAAGUCUACUCACACUCCAGGAGCUUCAUCGAAGGAAAGGAGGAGACUGCAGAAGAUUUGGAAAAGCAGGAAGAGCCGGUCUCUGAAUUAAUGUUGCUCUGUCAGACGGUGGUGCGGAAGAUCGGAGAAAUCUGUCGUAUAGUCAACCAGCGAAUGCUGCUGCAAGACCUGCACGACAGCCAUGUGUGUAAUUCUCUGCUGGUGGCUGAGAGUGAAGAGGAUAUCUGGAAGAAUGAGUCUCUUUAUAGGCAGAGGCUUAACACUUCCGAUGAUUACAGUGCAGAUGAGAGUUACCAGGCCAGAGACUACCUGGCUGCCACCAUGCAGUUCAUCCCUGGUCAUUUUGCCUGUGACGUCGUGUGGAGCACAGUCAUCCAUAUUCACCCGCGACUGAAGAUGGGACCCAACAUGGGAGUGACAAGAGCCAUCCAAGGACUUCGGUCUGUUCUAAAUUCUUUCUGUGUGGUCAACCGGAAAAACAUGUUUGUCUACCAGGAGAGGACAACAAAGUCUGUCUUCUACCUCAGGCUGUGUGAAACCUCACAAACAGGGAAGUACUCUGAUGUUGAUGGAAAUGUUCACCUGAGCCGCUCCACUGCACUCGCAAGAAGCCAGGAACCCUCUAAUUCUGAGGACAUGGCCUCCAGAUCUAUUCUAGAGGGCACUCGUCCUGUAGGACAAGUGGACAAACACAUACUGCUCCUGGUGCAUGGAGUGGGAAGUGCUGGGCCAGAGAUCACAGAUGAGCUGGUGAAGGUGCUGCGCAAGCGGCUGGAUGAGACAACCUUGGACAUCAUUACAGUCAUGUUGGUCAGGAACUGUAAACUGACACCUGCGGACGUUGAGUUCAUCCAGCCGUCUAGUUCUCCUGCCACUGAGGUGAUGAGCUUCAGUCUGCCUCACUACUGUUUCUCACUGCUUCCCGCCGUGGCUCACUACCUCAGACAGAACCUCCUCAUCUUUUUGCACAUACCCAAGUACACAGACAGCAACACCGCACACCACUUCAAGCACUACUUUCACCUCAAUAGUGAGCUGGCUGAUGGGGACAUCUACCUCUACAACAAACCUGGAGGACAGGGCACUGGAGGCAAAGGAAUCGCCUGCAUCACCCUUACUUAUGUGGGCUCCAACAGCCAGCCCAUUCAUCUCCAAACUCUGGACUGUGUCUCACCACUGACCUUGGACUUGUGUGCCAGCCCCCUCCUCACGGAACAGUUUGAUGAGCUCACCUCUGUGAAGAAAGUUGAAUUGGAUUGUCUCAGCUCAAAUGCAGAGCCGCAACUGUACGUCCGCUUUGACAUCUGGGAACAAGGCAACAUCAGCCCGUUACAACUGUCUGACAAACUACAGGGGGCGCUACGGCACGCGCUUUGUGACGUCAUUAUGGAGCUCCGUGUUCUUCCCAAUCCACUUUGCCUUGGAACAUUGUGCCCUGCCGCUAAAACCAAAGAGGAAGCUAAAGGACUUGUACUGCCGGAGGUCAAGGAGAUGAAGGAGAGUCCCAGACCGCGAAGUGGCUCUCGUGUCUUUAAAACCAGCCCCUCGCCCAUCAGUGUAGCACAGCACAACACAAACAACAGCAUGACUGGGUCCAGAACACCAGAGUCUACAACUCCUACUGGAAAGAGCUCUCGACGCAGUUUCUGGGACAUCCUGAAUAAACCUGACACGGCAGAACUGAGCACUCCCAAAACAACUGACGACAUUGUGCAAGAGAGAGGAGAAGAGGGCCGAGCUGCGCGGCGAAGACACAAGACUGAGAGUGUGAAGCAGCAGUGGAGCACAGACAGAGGGGUGGCUGUGGAGCUGGAGCAAGCCCAGAGGCGACAAGUGUGUCAGCUUGAGGAGGGAGACUCAGGCACUCUGCACCCGAUCUACCAAGACACCUGCCAGCCCUGGAUCAAUUUUAUGGCAAAGCUGGGCUGCCCGUCCAUCCAACAAUGCUUUGCUGAAGUCGCCUCAAACUUCCUUCUUCCUUCUGUCCUGGCUGAGAUUGUCAAAUUGGUCAGUUCUCUGGCCGGUGAUACAACAGUGAAGGCAUUUGAGAAAACUAGCACUCUUGAAUCUGGAGAUGCAUAUGUACCUUUUCCAUUGGUUCCUAACUUCAGCCAGCCUCCGGACACCAUGAGGAGCUUCAUUCUUAUCGGACGAAACUUCCAACAGUGGCACUGCAGCACAGAGCAAGAAUACAGUUCAGAUGAAGAAAACACACCAGUGCUUAGUAGGUGCACACCUCACAAGGGCUUCCAGCGCUUUGAGGCUUUAGAGCAAAGUGAUUGGUUCAGUAGCAGCCAGGCCGGGGCAGGACUGGCACCCCGCCAGAGGUUUCUGCUGAUCAGCAUCCUGGACAAAAAGGUGACCUUGUACAGCUACAACUGGUCUGUGGACCUGGGCUGCUCCCUAAACCAAGAGCUGGUCCGCCUUGUAAAGUGGCAGAAUGCCAGGGCUCAUGUCGUCCACUGCUUGCUAAACCAGAAGAUGGGUCUGUUCCACCAUCACUGCUUCUCUGAUGCACCUGUCCAUGAGACUGACUCCAAACAGGAUCCUAAUCCCUUCCUCAGCCCCUCUGUGGAGCCCGAUGCCCUGCUCAGGAGCCCAGUUCCUCCUCUGCCCAGUAAAGAGCAGGGCCGACUUGCCGGUUCUGGUCGUAGUCUGGCACCCCUUCACUUCCCUUCCGAGCUGUUGCCCUUUGAUGAGGCCCUGAGGGAUGUCUGCACCAUCCGACCACUGAUGGAUGGAGACGCUGUGGCCCGACACGGGGGUCAGCUGUUGGACAUUAAGGCCGUCGAAAGAAGAGAGCUGGAGAAGCAGAUGAAGAUCGAGAAUCUCUUCGUCACGUGGCAGCAGAGGUCGGCUCAAUCCAACAUGCCCAUCUCACUGGCUGAUUUAGAAACCUUGAAGCAGUCCUCCAGACUGGUCCACUACUGCGCCACCCCUCUUCUUUUUGACCCGGUUUUUCGCAAGCACAUCCAAGAAGAGCAGGUCAUCCCACCGCCAGUGAAGAAACGGCAUCGAUCGAAUGACUCAACAGCAUCAGGUCGAGACCGGAGCUACAGCACUGAUUCUGCCGACAUGCUGCCCAGCAGACUGAAGGAAGAGCCGUGGCUGCUCGACAUUUCCAGCACCUUCCUGCAGCAGUAUGUUCAGUACUUACAGAGCAUGGGCUUCAUCCUCGUCCAGGUCCGGCCCCAGUCUCCUGCUCGCAGCAUUGCCAGGGCCCGUGCUGCCAUGCUGAACUCCAUGUCCUCUGAAGGAAGGAUGUCUUUCUCUUACGUGAAGCAGAAGAGUGAGGACAGUUCCAAGGCCCCUCCCUCUGCCACAUCAGCCUACCACCUUCAAAGGGCACUUCCUGGCGGCAUUGUUUUGAUGGAACUUGCUUUCCAGGGCUGUUACUUCUGUGUGAAGCAGUAUGCACUGGAGUGUUCCCGCAUUCCUAUGGGCCAGACCGUCAACUCACAGGGAAGUCUUCUCACCAAACCUCGUUUGAAGCCAUUUCCAGAUGUCACCCCAGUAUCUGACUGUGCGCUCACCAUGCUGUUCACAGAAGAAUGCGAUAAGGUGCGCGACCUGAUGCACGUUCACUCCUUCAGCUACGACUUCCAUCUGCGAGUGGUUCACCAGUACUUGGUGGGCUGUCACAUGACCCUGCGCCAGGGUUACCAGCUCACCGACUUUCUUGACGACUUCAUCUCCCACCAUCCCGACAUUCCCAAGUUUGGUCGGAACCACGUUUUCCAAGGGAGUUUCUCCAUCGCCACGGGGAUGAUCACGGCCCACCAGCUCUACAACUACAUGACUGACCACGCCAGCACUUACGGCAUGAAGCCGCUCCGCAUGUCCAAGACUGUGGUCUGCACGGACAACAAAAAAACAUCCCCCGACCUGCACGAAUACGCACUGGUGGCGGUUUGGAACAGUUCGGGCUCAUACAAGGACCUAGAGGGUCUGCACCACCAUGACGACUUUGACGUCUCACUGGUGGUCUGUCACAAUGCUGUGCCGUUUGAGGAGCAGUCGGACGGAGAGAGGCAUUUACUGAGAUUGCGCUUUUUCGUGAUCAUGACCAGCCAGAGGGAGCUCUUCCCUCGCCUCACCGCUGACAUGCGUCGCUUCAAGAAGCUACCUCAGAUACACCGUGACCACGCAGAGCUCGGGGGCCGGCAGUCCACCGAGAGAGCGGAAGCCAGUGUGUCUCGCGGCCUUGAGCAGGAUCUCUGGGAGGACUCCGCCUCAUCCUCCGCCGCCACCUCGGCUCCCAGUGAUGGAAAUGAGUUCUAUCCCCUAGUGGCAAAAAGCGGCGCUGCAGAGAAGACUCAGUCGCUGGUCUACCCCUCGCCACUCUUCCCCUUGCUCAACAAUGAGGUGGCAUCUGCACGCAGACAGAUCCAGCUAAACGUGGAGCAGGCCAUGGGCCACUGCCGGCGGGACUACCUGUGGAGGAGACUGUUCCACGGAGAGCACCUGGCUCUUGAUAAGCUGAAGCUCUCCAAGCUGUCCUUCACAGAGCUGGAGGAGCUGCUGGAUGCUGUGCAGAGCCGCUCGAUAGGAGACAUCGACCCACAGCUGGACUGUUUCCUGACCAUGAGUCCAGCCUGGUACCAGGGCCUGAUCCGAGUCCUGCUGAACCGCUUUCCUCAGAGCUGCAGACACUUUGACGACAACGGCAUCCAGUAUUUGGCGGUUCUCAACCAGAAGUUCACAGACUGCUUUGUCCUGGUCUUUCUGGACAACCAGGCAGCAAAAACGAGCUUGAAGGUGGUGUUUCGGGAGCCGCUGCCACCUCAGCCGCAGCCCAGCAGCAGUCCUCCGCCUCAGCUGGUGUCCAUGUACCAUCACCUUGAGUCGGUCAUCAACACAGCCUGCUACAACCUGUGGACUGGUCUGCUGUAGCUAAGUAACCAUUGUGACCUUGUUCACUUUUCCCUCGCUGGUGAAAAUGAAUCAAAGCUCCAGGAGGUGAGAAUGUUCUCAUCCUCCAGGUGAAGGACACGUGAGCCUGUUGGCUAGUGGUCUGUUUUCAGCAGGAUACUGGAUCCAUUAUUUCAACUGAAACUCUUAUAGAUGCGUUCCAUUACCUGGACGUGGUAGUGUCCAUAUUUGAUAGGUUGUUUUUUUUUCCAUUCUCCUGUGGGAGAUGAUUUUUAAUGGUUGUGCUUUUUAAAGGAAUCAUUUUUCUCUUUUUUUAAGAAGGAUCAUGUCCUGGCCACCACUGUCACACUGCCCCCCGCACAUGAACGCCAUUGGCUCUUUGGCGCUUGGCAUCAGGACAUUAACUUAUUAGCAUCAUCUCUCAUCUCCUCCACUGGCUGUCAGGUAUUAAAAAUAAAUGACGACAGAGAGGGUUCCUCAUCUUUUCAUGGAUGAGUUCAACCUGAAUGAAGCAAAUCGGCAGAACCGCGUUGACUUGAGUGUUAAACUGUAGCACUGUGAGAAAAAGGAGUAGACUCGUGUUGAAGUUUCUUUUGAAACUCCUCUGAACUCUUCAUCCACACAUCCCUGGUUUUAACGGAUCGGACCGUUCUAAAACCCGAGGAUUUGUGAUGGGACGUUUACUUGGUGCCUUCUGGUUGACAGCCAUGCCGUGGCACGCUGCCACAUCUCCUGCCCUGAAGUGCCUGCUGAGCUAGGUCACGCUGAAUCCCCAUAUGGUGAAGUGAAUAUUUACCUGUGCAGCAACUGCAGCACAUGAUGCAAUGGAAGUGCCUAAAUAACUUUGAGGGUGGAAGAGUUGGCGCGCGUUUCCUGAACCAAUCCGCUCGUCACCGACUGAGUAAAUGUAUUUUGACUGAAACCAAAGAGGUUUUGAGCUUCUCCAGGGCUUCUGGACAUGUUGGUUUAAAAUUUAAACUGACAGUAUAAUGUGAAGGAGGAAUAAGUUGAUUUGAUCACUGUACACACUCAGCACUGACUCCAACUGUAAUUAUGUACAAAAGAAAUCAUUAAAAACCACUUUUGUGUGUUCUGUACAUACAGGACGAUUUAUACUGUCUCCACUACUGAAUAAAGAGCCAGGAAGCUUGGUGAUCUGAUCAUGUGUGGUUUGUUC